AUGGUUCCCAAAAUUCCUGUUAUAGAUUUAUCAAUUGAAGACUUGAACCCUGACAGUAGUUCUUGGCUUUCAGUAUGCAAUCAAGUUUGCCAUGCACUUGAAGAGUAUGGUUGCUUUGUAGCAGUGUACUGUAAAUUAUCUUCAGAAUCUCGCAACCGAGUCCUUGAAUCAGCCAAAGAGUUGUUUGAUCUUCCACUAGAAAUCAAAAUGCUAAACGAUACCAAGAAGCCUUAUCGCGGCUAUAUUGGGAAAAGCCCUCAGUUUCCUCUUCAUGAAGCUAUGCGAAUUGAUAAUGUAACCACUUUCGAAGAAACGCGGAAAUUUACUAACCUCAUGUGGCCCAACGGAAAUGAUCCUUUCUGCAAAACUGUCCAAUCAUACGCAAAGUUAGUGGAAGAAUUGAAUGAGCUGGUAGUUCGAAUGGUUUUCGAAGGCUAUGGUGUAGAGGAGAACUAUGACUCCCUCAUUAGAUCAACAAGUUACCAUAUGAGAUUAUUGAAAUAUGAAGAGCCUCCAGCUACUGAUCGUCAACUGGCUCUUCCUCCUCAUGAAGAUAUAACAUUCACAAGCAUAUUACAUCAAAAUCAUGUUCUGGGUUUGGAGAUAAAAACAAAAGAUGGCCAGUGGAUUGGUUUUGAGCCCUCUCCUUCAUCCUUCAUAGUCAUGGCUGGCGAUGCAUUCACGGUGUGGAGCAAUGACAGAAUACGGUCAUGUACUCAUCGAGUGAUUAUGGGCGGAAAUGAAGAUAGAUAUUCAAUUGGGUUGUUUACAUUCCACGACGGGACAAUUAAUAUUCCUGAAAAGUUGGUGGAUGAAAAACAUCCAUUGCAUUAUAAGCCAUUUAAUCAUCUUGGUUAUGUUGAUUACUACUAUUCAAACAAGGUUUCUCAACCUAACCAAUGUCGUUAUAAAGCCUACGGUGGUAUUUGA